UACAAUUCACAAUAGUAUUUACUAUAUAUCUGAAUAGUAAUUUACAAUUCACAAUAGUAAUUAACUAAGAUUUUGGAAUAUAAAAUGGUAUUUUCCAACUUAAAAAAGAAAAAAGAAAGGAAUUUUGCAGCGGUCAGCGUGUUGAAAAUGCCGAAGCCCACCGACACCAAAAACAGUAGUAGAAGGGCUUCUCGCAAUCAUCACAUGCUUAUAUAUCAACCAUCCACACAUAACAAUUAGCACUCAGAUUUUCACUCGCAAACGUUUUUUUCUUUUUUAUAUUUUUCUCCCAUAAAAAAGAAGUUGAAAACUCUUGCAGAAAUGGAGGAUUACAGAUCCAAAUCAUACAGGAACGAGGGAUCGAUGCAGGCGGAGAACACGUACACCUAUUACGGCAACAACAAUGGGGCGGACCCCAAUUUCAAGCCCAACUCAAACCCUAGCGGGAUGCAAGAUCUGAGGUGCUACAGCGCGUCGUACGCUUCCUCCUCCGCGCAGAACAACGGCCAGCUGGACAUCGUGGUGGCCGGCGGCGGAGAGCAGUGGAAGUUCAAAAAGGGGAAGUCAACGAAUUGUGUGGAUUCGAGAAUCUGGACUCUGACUGAUCCGGAGCUGCAGAGGAAGAAGAGGGUUGCUAGCUACAAGGCUUAUACAGUUGAGGGGAAAGUCAAGGGAUCCUUCAAGAAGAGUUUUAGGUGGAUCAAAGACAGGUAUACUCUCAUGGUCUAUGGUUAUAGGUGAUGUAUUUAUCUCUCCCCUUCUCCCCCCCUCUCUCUCUCUCUAUAUAUAUACGUGUAUGUAUUUUGUAUGCCUAAUUUUGGUUCUUGGUGGACUUUGGAUUUUGAUUCUGGUGAUUAACCUCCUGUUUAUUACCUCCCUUUUGGGGUGAUUUAUAGAGAGUGUGAAAUGUAUGAUUGUAUCGAGUAUGCAUAAGUGUGUACGCGCACUGAGAUGAAUUGAAUUGAAUGAUUCUGAAUCAAAAUUUUGCUGAUCAGAAA